AUUUUCUAUAAUUUAACAGUAUCAAUAGCUGUCCAAAGAAUUGUUCAGGUCAUGGACCGUGCGUAGAUGGUAUUUGUACCUGUUCAGCAGGUUGGACUGGAGAAGCUUGUGACGUAUCCAUAUGCUCUAAUGGUUGUGAACAUGGCUAUUGCGAAAAAGAACAGCAUAUUUGUAUAUGCAAUCCUGGUUAUACAGGGUCUGAUUGCAGUUUUAAGAUAGAAAAUGGAUGGUGGGAAGAAAUAAUUACAAAUACUGUAAUGCAAGGAAGAGCAUUACAUCAGUCUGUUGUUGUGGAAGACAGCAUGUGGAUUAUUGGAGGAGAGAAUUUUAAUCAUGAUGUCUUCCAGGAUAUUAUAAUGUUUAAUUUUACAACUAAUACUUGGAAAAUUGUAGAAGUUACAUCUAAUAAGCCUGCUAACAGAUACGGUCAUUCGGUAAUAGCAUUUGAAGACUAUUUAUAUAUGUAUGGAGGAAUAUUGUAUAAUGGAACAGUUAAAAAUGAAUUAUGGAAGUUUGAUAUUCAGAACAAAUCUUGGAGUUUAGAGAAAAGCAAAACAAAUCAGCAGUGUUUAACUGAACUAUGUAGCCCUGUAGCUGCUGUUGGUCACACUGCUACUCUUGUUCCUGCUGUGCAUGGUGAUAAAAUGAUAGUAAUAUUUGGUCACAAUCCAAUAUAUGGUUACUUAAAUACAGUACAAGAAUAUGAUUUAACUACUGGAAAUUGGGAACUUACUUCAACAAAAGGAGCUAUUGUUAAAGGAGGAUUUGGACACACAAGUGUUUAUGACAAGAGAACACAGAGAAUAUAUGUGUAUGGUGGUUAUCACUCUUUUGGUCCCAAAAGUGCUUUAGUAGAUUUUUUGUAUGCUUAUAAUGUUUGGCAGCAUGAGUGGAAAUUGUUAACUCCUAGUCAUUCACACCGUUACCUACACAGUGCAGUUAUUCAUCAUGGCUUAAUGCUUGUGUUUGGUGGAAAUAUAUAUAAUGGUACAGCUCCUAGCAGUGGCGGCCAGUGCUUUUCUUCUGAUUUUUUAGCAUAUGAUUUAGAAUGCGAUGCUUGGACGACUUUAAAAUUUCCAACAGACCAACAAAAGAAUAUUGCGCGAUUUGGUCAUACUGCAGUUCUUUAUAAUGAAUCUAUGUAUGUUUUUGGAGGAUUUAAUGGACAAAUGUUGAAUGAUAUUCAAAGAUUUUCACCAGGAAGUUGUAAACAAUAUCAUAGUGCUGAUGCUUGUGAAAAAUCUACAUUAGGUGUUAAUUGUGUCUGGAAUUAUGAAAUGAGUUUAUGCCAGUUGUUUUCAGUUAUUGCAGAUCGUGUCAAAACAUACCAUGCAUUAUGUUAUCGAAAAGGAGUAAAUGUUACAUAUCUCUGUGGACGGCAAACGUUAUGUCCAAGUUGUAUUGAGAAUACUUACAAUUGUGUUUGGUGUGGAAUGUCAUGCUAUCAUGGAAAAUGCAAUACAGGAAUGAAGAAAAUAAGGACUGCUGAGCAGUGUGAAGAAGCUCAAAGUAGUAACUGUGAUAAAUUACAUAAUUGCCACGCUUGCCAUACAGAAUAUCAUUGUGGUUGGCAAAAAGAUGAGAAAUGCUAUACUUUUGUUCGAGAAACAGGUAAUGGCACUGAAAAAGCAAUAUUGUCAGAUGAUUAUAGAGUUAAAUGCGAAUUACCUUGUAGUAGCAGAACAACUUGUGAAAACUGUACAAAAGGUCCUUGCAUGUGGUGCAGCAACCAACGUUUGUGCAUUGAAUCAAAUGCGUAUGCAGCUGUAUUUGCCAUUGCACAGUGUAUGGAAUGGACGACGACAAAAUGGAAAUGUCCUGGAUUAUUAUGUAAAUAUAUUCAGACAUGUGAUGAUUGUCAGAAAAAUCCAAGAUGUGGUUGGUGUGAUAAUGGAAGUGGAACAGGAUUAGGGCAGUGUUACGAUGGUUCUGAUUUAGGUCCAAUGACAUUUAAUGGUUCAUCAUAUGUUCUAAAUAAUACUUUGUGUCCUUCAACACGUUGGCACUUCACAUCGUGUCCUAAGUGCCAGUGCAAUGGUCACAGUACAUGCAUUAAUGAUACAGAUGUUUGCCUGCAACCAUGCAGUAAUCUUACUCAAGGUCCUUAUUGCCAACAUUGCAUAGCUGGAUACUAUGGUAAUCCAGUAAACGGUGGGAAUUGUACGCCUUGUUUUUGCAAUAAUCAUAGCCAUCUAUGUGAACAAGAAAGAGGAAAAUGCCAUUGUAAUACUAAAGGAAUGGCUGGAAAUUAUUGUGAAAGAUGUGAUGAAAGUAAUCAUUAUUUUGGAAACCCUUUAGAAGAAGGUGGUUCUUGUUAUUAUAAUCUCUCUACAAAUUUCCAGUAUACUUUUAAUAUGUCAAAAAAUGAAGAUAAACAUUUUACAAAAAUUAAUUUUAUGAAUGUUCCUGUCAAGCCGGAUGUAGAUGUUGAGUUAACUAUAAAAUGUUCUGAUAGUGCUCUUAUAAAUAUAACAGUUUCAUCUUUUUCCACGACUGAACGUUUACUUCGUGAAGGUGAAAAAUGCAACAAUUUUAAAGUGCAGUUUUCUCAUGAUGACUAUAUAUUUGGAACAGACAAUACAACUUUUUAUGUUCGUGUAUUUGGAUUUAGUACACCAUUUCUGUUGCAGAUAUCAUUUUCACAGCAUAGAACAUUAGAUCUGUUGCAAUUCUUCAUCACAUUUUCAAGUUGCUUCUUAUCUCUCCUAAUUAUUGCUGCAGUUUUUUGGAAAAUUAAACAAAAAUAUGAUCUUUAUAGAAGAAGACAGCGGCUAUUUGUGGAAAUGGAACAAAUGGCCAGUCGUCCUUUUGCAGGUGUAGCUUUGGAGAUAGAAAAGCGUGCUCAGUUUGCAUCUGAUAAUAAUGUACUAGACGGGAGAAAGAAAAACCAUCCUACACCAAUAGCUCUUGAACCAUGCUCAGGUGGCAAGGCAGCUGUGCUGUCACUUAUAGUGAGAAUGCCUCUUGGCAAUGAAGACUAUACUCCUGAUGGUCAAUCAGGUUUGGCCAUAGCAAGUGCUUUAGUGUCAUUGGGAACUCUGUGUAAGACUAGUACUGAUGCAAUCAAAGAGAGUGGUAAACUUGAUAACUGGAAAUCAAAUUCAAAUUCCAGUACUUGUAUAUAAAGAAAGAUAACCUCAUUCAUCGACGUCAUCAUCCAACGGUGGAUCAUUAUCAUCGUCAUCAGUCAUCACCAUCACCAUCAUUUUACCAUCGUCAUCUCAUCUUUCUUGUGUUAAUAAUUGAGUUUUGUAUGCUGCAAGUAUUCUGCCUUUCGUCAUUAAUUUUAUAAUGUUAAAGAAUGAAUCAGUGAUCCCAAGUUCUUUUUAGAUGUAAAUGUUUCAAUUUUUAAUUUACAGGAUAUAAUUUCCACACACAUACAUACACACAGAAUCUCACAUUUUAUCAUAGAAUUUUCAUUGUCUAGUUUAAUUUUUAUAAAUAAUUAAUGGUUAAUAAAAUAUGAGGGAUGUUCAAAAAUUUUCCAGAAAAUGUAAAUAGAAAGAUAGCAAAUUGAAUUUAAUGUUUUAUUUUUCAGUGUACAUUCCAUUUGAGUUAAAUAUUUUCCCAUAUGGUGUCACUACUCUUCUAAGCCCUUCAUGUAGAAAUUAGUGCUCUUUGAUUCUAGUCACUGCACUACAAAACUUUCACUUGAUGUAACAACCGCUAGUGAACACUUUUAAAGUCUUUAUUAUUUAAAUUUUGGAAUGAAAAGAAGACUGAUGGGGCUUAUUAUUCUUUUUAUUCAUAAAUUAGAAACAUCAGUUAAUUAUAAAUAUAGCAUUCUGUUUAUGAAUAAUAAUCACUUUCUGGGAACUUUUUGAAUGCUCCACAUAUAUACAAUACAGGCAUAC